AACAGAUAAUGUCAGUUAUGUCACGCGAAAAAUUAUAUCAAAAUCUUUUGCUCCUCUUCACUCAGAUUUAAUUUACUCUGUAGUCAGUACCCCUCACAAAUUUUAAUCGACGAAUUAAAUUUAGUGUGUUGCAAACAAUGCUGAUCCAUCCCUGUGCAGUGUGUACGUGAUUGAUGUUGCAACGGCCGACCGUCAUGAUGAUGAAACAGAAUCUAUCAUACAAAUUGGUACUAUCUCGUCUCAACAACUACAUUGCGACCAAUUUAAAAAAUCGAUCGGACACUAUAUUGAGGUUAUGGGCAGCACAGUGUGAAAAUAUUGUCGCGCAACGGUUUCGUCGCGGACAGCAAGUGUUAAGCUUAUACGCAAAAAUCUGGGAAGACCGAGCCCUGAAGGAACUAUUCUUUCGUCUCCGUCGUCAGGUUCAUCGUCAUGCGAAAGGUUUGAUGCUUGGCAGUGUCGGUGUUUAUGCGUUCGAUUGGGAUAGCGAACGAAUUACAUUGGAUUCAAUACGUAUGCACUUUGACGAAAUGGAUAACGUUCGGCGCUUACAGAAAGAUUCAAUCAUCUGCAGCAAUUGCAAUCGACGUAAAAUAAUUGAUUGUCGCGUCGAGGGUAUCGUUUAUUGCACCUGUUCGAAGGAGAUACUCAAAUAUGCUGCUUGCGAGGACAACGAGUGGAAACCUUAUUUGGAGAGGAAGAACAUGAUUGUGUGGAGGAGGGAAGAGAGACCGGGACUGUAUGCUUAUAAAGUGUACGCGUCUUAUCCUGAUGUAUCAGCCGACGAUUUCCUAUUUGUUCAAACCGACACUACUUACCGAAAAGUAUGGGAUAAAAGUGCAAUCACUCUCGAAGUAGUUGAUAAUGACCCGACCAACAUUACAAAGAGUCAGGUCAUUUACUGGGAAAUGCUGUGGCCUAAACUGUUCGCAAACCGUGACUACGUAUUCAAUCGUCGCUACCUGGUUGACAAUUCACGCAAAUUAAUUGUCAUUGCAAACAAAAGCAUCGUCCAUCCGUGCUGUCCGGUUAAGCCAAACAAUCAGCGGGUGCGUGAAUAUUGGAGCUACAUGGUGAUCAAACCGUCGACAAAUAAUUUUAAGAAACCCGGUCUAGAAUAUGUGUUAACCUAUUUCGACAAUCCGGGCGUUGUGCUACCUCCAGCCAUUACAUCAUGGGUGGCCCAGAAGCAAAUGCCGGACUUUUUGAAUAAACUGUAUUGUGCCACAUUGGAGUAUGCGAAACAGAGGAAAGAGGACGAUGUUGUGUAUAACUGUUGGGACCGUGUCCUCGAUCCAGGCUUUGAAUAUCCACCAGAUCCAACAAUAAAUUACGAAGAGAGCGAUUCCGACGACCGAGGGGAUGACGGAUCGAAUGGCAACAGUCGUGAUAAGUCUGAGAAAGACAAUUCGCUAGACGAACAGAUGGAUGAAGCUGACACGGCUCCGAAAAAAUCUAGUUGGUGGAGUUAUCUACUUCCGUAUCACUAUUUUGCGUGAACUCGAUUUAAAUUACUAAACUGAUGCUGGACAUAAUAUUGGCGUAGAGUGGGGGAGAGAUAGUGUAGUUUUCGUACAAUUUGUAACUAUUUUUUUUUGUGUUUAAUUGAUUAAUUUAAGCGAUAUAGAGCAUGCAAAUACUGUGACACAUUAUACACAGAAUUUCAUAUGGCAAAACAAAUGAUGCAAUUUUUACUACACAACAACAUUUUACGGUUAGAUAUUUUUUAAGUUUAAUUAAUUACGAUGCGAUAGAGGGAAAAACAAAAACCGAAACCAAAAAUAAAAAAGUUAAAUAUUUCUAAGUGAACUUGAAAGCGGUUACAUAAAAGCAAGCAAAAUUUGUUAAACAACAAAGUGAUAGGAAAUUAUAAACAUUUUAGUAAACUCAAUGCAAAA